CUCAGCCCACCCUCAUCAACUUCAGCAGCCACUGACACAUUUCUAUUUGAACCAUUGAAGAUUCGAUUCCCAUGUCCAUCUCCACAGACACAGACCUCGCUUCCCUCCAUGAUCAGCUUCGCGGCAUCAGAUAUUAUGCUGUGGUUGAAGGGAAGCGGAUCUGCGAGGGCAUUGCGCCCCUUGUAGUGGAGCACACAACAGCAGCCGGACGAGUCUUGGCUGUUAAAGUCACUGAAAGAGGCAACAUUGAUAAGUCUGAGGCCGAUAUGAUGCAUCAUGCUGCAACCCAUGGUAUUCGGGCACCCAUGGUCCUCGGCUGGUAUGAAAUCCACACUCACAGACCUACAAAGCCUGUCGCAGUGGCCAUGGUCAGCGACAAGGUACCAGGUGUGCCUCUUGCCGAUGUCUGGCUAGGCCUUAGCAAGGAAGCACAGGCGAGCAUCAAAUUACAGCUUCGGGACCAGCUACAGCGGAUGCGUAAUUGUACCCAGCCGUACAUCGGGUGCAUCAACCGUCAGCCCGUGCGUAAUACCUACGACCGCCUCUUUAUUCAUUACUGCGGCCCCUUUGAAAAAGAAGAAGAGUUUGACAACUGGUGUUUGGCCCGCAUCAACAAGGGAUCUAUUUCUCAAUGGAAAUGGAAGAAAUUCUUGCAGCGGGAGCGGGAGAAGUCUCGCAAAAAAGACUUCGUGUUGACUCAUGGGGACCUGUCGCCUAGAAACAUCCUGGUUCAGGAUGGCGUUGUCACUGGUAUCAUUGAUUGGGAGCGAAGUGGUUUCUUCCCUACCUACGUCGAAUAUGCAUUCGCGAUGGUGCUCUGCCACUCGCACGAGGAUUGGUGGAUACCUGUGUUGAAGGAAAUCCUAGAGCCUUGUUCGAAGGACAGACUUCAGUUUACGCGGCUGGUUGAGGAUAGAGGAUGGUAGAUUGGGAAUCAGAUACGAUCAAUGACCUACAAUUGAACCACUGUUUACC